AUGCCUCUCCGCCGUAUAGAGCUCUUCAACUUCAAGUCAUACCGUGGAUCCCAAGUCAUAUCCCUCGGCGAUGCCUCCUUCACGUGCAUCAUCGGUCCGAACGGAGCGGGCAAGUCCAACCUCAUGGAUGCCAUCUCCUUCGUCCUCGGCAUUCGUUCAAGCCAGCUCCGGUCCGCUCAGCUCAAAGACCUAGUGUAUCGAGGAAGGAAGGCGCUUCAGGUGGAAGGGGAGGAAGGGAUGGAUAUUGAUAAUGUCGAGGAGACACAGGAGACGCAGGCUAGUCAGAGUACGAGCGGGGCGGAUGCGCGAUCGGCGUGGGUCAUGGCUGUCUACGAAGAUGAGGAUGGGAAGGAGUGGAAGUUCCGGAGAAGCGUCAAUACGUCCGGCCAGUCGACGUACUACCUCAAUGGAAAGCCCGUGGCGCUCAUUGCGUACAACCAGCAGCUCGAGAAGUUCAACAUUUUGGUGAAAGCCAAGAACUUCCUGGUGUUCCAGGGUGAUGUGGAGGGGGUGGCCAGCCAGGAUAGCAAGGCUUUGGCGAGGUUGAUUGAUCGGAUAUCUGGUUCUGCUGAGCUCGCCGCGGCCUACGAAGCCGCCAGACAGUCACAAGACAAAGCGACCGAAGCUUCUACCGCCAACUACGCCAAGAAGCGCGGGAUGAUCACCGAGGUCAAGCACUUCAAGGAGCAGCGAGACCAGAUCAGGCGAUGGGAGAAGCUGAGGGAUGAGAAGGAUGCGAUGAUCCAGCGUCACCUCCUCUGGAAACUCUACCAUAUCACUCAGGAGAUUGAGGAGUCGACAAGGAAGGUGGAAGAGGCGAAUGAGAAGCUGUCUAGUGGACGCAAGGCAGUGGACACGAACGAAGCCAAGCUCAAGGAUGCAAAAAAGUCACAGGCGAUCGCUCAGAACGACGUCAAGAAGCGAGAAGCGAGAGUCAAGAAGGCCGAAAAGGCGUAUGAGGACAAGAAACCAGAACUCCUCGCUAUCGAGACCAAGAUGGAGCACUCUCGCAAGAAGGCCAAAGACUCUUCUGCUCUUGCGGAGCGGAUCGAGCGGGACGAGUCUCGUCAAGCGAGCGACUUGGCUGAAGUCGAGGAGGGUACCAAGAAUAUCGACAAGCGGAUCAAGGAGGCUACGGAGGAGCAGAAGAAGAAGAGCGCGUUGAGUGGGAAGGUGCUCAGUCAGGCGGAGCUGGAUCAGUAUCGGACACUGCGGUCUCAAGCGAACAUGCUGGCGGUGAGCGAGCGACAACAGCUCGAAGUGAUGGGGAGGGAACAGCGAGCCUUGAAGGAUGCGCUGGCUUCUGCGGUGGAUAAGACGACGCAGGCGGGGAGGCAGAAGGAGAGGUUGGAGAAUGAGGUCAAGCAGCUUGCGGAGCGGGACGAGACUAUGAGCGAGAAGGUCCAGACGCUCGACAAGGAACGGGAGAGCGUCAAGGCACAGCUCGAAUCUGCUCAGGCUGAACGAACUCGGCUCAAUAUGAAAGAGACGGAAGUCAACGAACGUCUCCAAGACACCUUCAACAAGCUCAUCCAAGCCGGCGCCGACAAGCGCGAGUCUGAGCGUGACGCCAAGCUCAAAGAAACCCUCUCUUCCCUCCGCCGCCUCUUCCCCGGCGUACACGGCCGCGUUGUCGAUCUCUGCCGACCCACAGCCACCAAGUACGCUACGGCCGUCAUGACUGUCCUUGGGCGCAAUAUCGAUUCCAUCGUCGUCGAUACGGAAAAGGUCGGAAUCCAGUGUAUCGAGUACAUGAAGAACCAGCGGGCGGGGCAGGCGACAUUUAUACCCCUGGAUACGAUCCAGGUGAAGCCUAUCCCGGCGAAACUGAGGGAUCUGAGGGGGAGUAAGUUGGGGAUCGACUGUAUUGAGUUCAGGGCGGAUGUGGAGCGGGCGAUGCAGCAUGCGUGCGGGAGUGCGUUGAUCUGCGAGACGAUGGCGGUGGCGAGGUCGAUCUGUUAUGAAAAGAAUGUGGAGGUCAAAGCUGUAACGCUCGAGGGGAAUGUCAUCCACAAGAGUGGAUUGAUUACUGGUGGUACUGGCUCAACCGGCGGCAGGAAGUUCAACGACGAAGAAGUCGACAAACUCCGCGCCCUCAAAGACACCUACAUGAAGCAACUCGCCGACCUGCAAAAGACCAAGCCCAGCGCCAAAUCCGACGAAACCCUCCUUUCCAACCUCGCCCGCCUAGAUGCCGAGUACUCAUUCGCCAAGGACGACCUGGACGCGACCCAGCUCCGUCUCCGCGGACUCCGAAAGGAGCUCAAAGCUGUCAUUGCGGAUAUCGCCAAGAUGGAGCCGGAUCGGCAGGCCAAGGAGAACGCGGUGGAUGCUGCAGAGGAGAAGAUUGCGGGUUUGCAGGACAAGGUGGAUAAGGCGGAGAAAGGGGUGUUUGGGGCGUUCUGCAAGAAGUUGAAACUGGGGAGUAUAAGGGAGUAUGAGGAUGUGCAGUUGAAGAUGGCGAAAGAGGAGAAUGCGGUGUUGGAGGGAUAUCAGCAGUCCAAGGCUAGGGCGGGGCAUCAGAUCGAGUUCCAGAAGCAGCAACUCGCCAAUACUCGAGACCGGCUCAAGACACUCCGCGCUACGGCCGACCGCGCCAACACGCAGCUCGAAACGCUCGAAGAGGAAAAGACGGCGAUUGAGGAUGAGCUCGAAUCGCUCGAAAAGGCCAUCGAGGCCCAACGGGAGAAGCUCGCCCAGGCGCAAGAGGCGCUCAAUACCGCCACGGAGGCCGUCGAGGAGACGCGGUCUGCGCACCGUAAGAGCCAACGAGGGCUUGAUAAGGCGCUCAAGGAGAUUGCGGGGUGGAAUGACGAGAUUGAAAAGUCUGCGUCGGAUCGACAUGCGAUUUAUAGGCGGUGUAGGCUGGAAGAGAUUGAGUUGCCGCUGGCCAAGGGCAGUUUAGAGUCGGUGCCGAUUGAAGAGCACCUGGGCGGGGCGGCAGAUGAGAUGGAUGUGGAUGAUGAUGGGACGCAGAGGCCGAAGGAGGUGGCUGACUGGGGAGUGGAGCCGAACUUUGAUGAUCUGGAGGAUGAGGAUAGAGAGAACAGCUCUGAAGAGGUCAAUCGCGAGUUUGAGGGACAAAUCACCAAGCUCAAAGCGGAUCUCGAGAAGCUUGUUCCGAAUAUGAAGGCUAUCGAUCGGCUCAAGGACGUGCAGGCGAGUCUGGACGAUGUGGAGAAGGAGGCAGAGGCGGCGAGGAGGGAUAGUAAGCGCGCCAAGGAUGAUUUCCAGGACCUCAAGAAGAAGCGGUUCGAGCUCUUCACCAAGGCAUACGAGCACAUGUCGGGGUGUAUUGACAAGAUCUAUAAGGAUCUUACCAAGUCAAAGACGUUCCCUACUGGCGGUGUCGGUUUCUUGUCCCUGGAGGACAAUGAGGAACCAUACCUCAGCGGAGUCAAGUACAAUGUCAUGCCCCCCGGCAAGCGGUUCGUCGAGAUGGAACAGCUCAGUGGAGGGGAGAAGACAAUGGCGGCGCUGGCGCUGUUAUUUGCAAUUCACUCUUUCCACCCCGCGCCGUUCUUUGUGCUGGACGAGGUGGACGCCGCGCUGGACCCGACCAACGUGUCCAAGUUGGCGAGAUAUAUCAGGAGUCAGGCGGAGAAGGAGGUUCAGUUCCUCAUCAUCUCGCUCAAGAGCUCAUUGUACGAGAAUGCCGACGGGCUGGUCGGAGUGUAUAGGGACCAAGAUGAGAACUCAUCUCGCUCGCUUACUCUGGAUCUGCGCAAGUAUGCCGAAUAA